UGAAAUCAGUCACUUAAAACACGAAUGCUAUUCUUGAACUUCGCAGAAGUAGGCUCUCUAAGGUUGACUGGAUGUGAGUACACCUUAUCUCAUUGCAAUGAAGAAUAUUGUGUUUGCUUUGCUGGUUUUGGCUGUGGCUUGCAGCGCAGAUGACAAAAUCAUUGGAGGUUAUGAAUGCUCACCAAACUCCCAGCCCUGGCAAAUCUACCUUACUUAUGAUAAUGGGCAACGCUGGUGUGGAGCAUCUCUGAUUAAUGAAAUAUGGGCUGUUUCUGCUGCUCACUGUGAAGUUGCAGCUACUCGUCUUACUGUCCACCUGGGAGAACACAAUGUGUACACUGACGAAGGCACAGAGCAGCGGAUCGGGGCAGAGAAAGUUAUUCCUCACCCACAAUAUAAUGAUUUUACGUAUGACAAUGAUUUCAUGCUGAUCAAGCUGAAAGAGCCUGCCGUCUUCAACCAGUAUGUGCAGCCAAUCCGUCUGGCAUCCAGCUGCUCUUUUGAUGGGGAGCAGUGCUUGGUUUCAGGAUGGGGCAAUCUGAUCACCACUGGAGUUAACUAUGCCGAUAAGCUGCAGUGUUUGGAUUUGCCUGUAGUGUCAAGGUCUGACUGUGAGAGGGCCUAUGGAUCGCAAAUAACUAAUAACAUGUUCUGUGCUGGAUUCAUGGAGGGAGGCAAAGACUCAUGUCAGGGUGAUUCUGGCGGCCCUGUCAUAUGUAAUGGGGAACUGCGAGGAGUUGUUUCUUGGGGCUAUGGCUGUGCUGAACAAGGCUAUCCUGGAGUUUAUACUGAGGUGUGCCGCUACACUGACUGGGUCCAGUCCACCAUAGCUAACAUUUCACUCCUCUCCUCCGCUGCAAUGAGGACUAUCCUGUUUGCUUUGCUGGCUGUGGCUGUGCCUGUGGCUUGUAACGCACAGAGUAAAAUCAUUGGAGGUUAUGAAUGUCUGCCCAACUCCCAGCCCUGGCAAGUCCACCUUACUAAAAAUGGGAACCCCUGGUGUGGAGCAUCUCUGAUUAAUGAAAGAUGGAUUGUUUCUGCUGCUCACUGCGAGAUUCCAGUUUCUUCUCUUACUGUCCUUCUGGGAAAACACAACAUAUCUGCUGAAGAAUGCACAGAGCAGCGGAUUGGGGCAGAGAAAGUGAUUCCUCACCCGCAAUAUAAUGAUUCUACUUUAGACAAUGAUUUCAUGCUGAUCAAGCUGAAAGAGCCUGCCACCUUUAAUGAGUAUGUAAAGCCAAUCCCUCUGCCGACCAGAUGCUCUUCUGCAAGGGAGCAGUGCUUGGUUUCUGGAUGGGGUCGCACUGAAAAUGGAAGUACUUCUGUGCUGCAGUGUUUGGAUUUGCCUGUACUGUCAAAGGCACAGUGUAAAUUGGCCUAUGGUAGUGCAAUAACUGAAAACAUGUUCUGUGCUGGAUUCAUGGAAGGAGGCAAAGACUCAUGUCAGGGUGAUUCUGGUGGCCCUGUAGUGUGCAAGGGGGAACUGCGGGGAGUUGUUUCCUGGGGUGAAGGGUGUGCUAAAAAAUGCAAGCCUGGGGUUUAUACUGAGGUGUGCCGCUACACAGAUUGGACCAAAAAUAUCAUCGAUAACAACUAAAUGUUUGUUUAGCCU